AUGGCCCUCAUCACAGAGGCCUUUGCAGUUGGAGCGGCGCCGCCCACGCUGCCUGCUGCCAGAUUCGGAGCAGCACCUCGACCAGCACAGGAAGUGCCGGAGCGAGGCCUGGGCGUAUCCUCCGCAGCUGUCGCAGCCACGGUGCUGGCAGCGGGCGUCGCAGCCAAGAGGCGACUUGGGACCAACCGAUGCAGGUUUACGAUCUGA